AUGUCAUCUUCAAAGUUGAAACCCGAACCCAAGCGGGUUGUCUGUCAGUGUCAAAGCUCUGGCUGUUACAAGGGUGUUUAUUUAGAUGCGAGUGGGGUCUUACAGCCUGGUGUCGAGGUCCUCCGCUCUACCAAGGAGUCUCACGAGCGUGCUGAUCGACGUAAUCUUAUCAAUCAUAUAACAACUUCUGCUUUGCCUUCUCGCCACCCAGCAAACUCAAGUCAAACACCCAAUACAGACUCCCAAGAAGUUUUAAUAGCUCCUCUGGAGGGUUUGCUGUUAGGUUCUCAGCAUAAAACACUGGCAAGGUCCCGGGCCAACUCCAUAAAUACUGGACAACGGUUGAUACAAGUCCAUUCAACGACUGCAGGUCAAGAUCAGACUACGGAUCAGGACAAAUCUCAUGUUGUAGAUGCUGAGAUUUGCGCUGCAACAGCUACAGCAAGGGAAAAGGGAGUGCAAGAAUACGACUGUGGUGAGUUAGUGUCCUGGAUCUCGGGGAAGACGCCAGACUUCCUGACUGUUCAUUGGUCUUUUUAUAGGCCGCUUCCAUUCAUUAACCCUGGCCAAUCUCAACCCUGUCUGCCUUCACGUAGCGCUCACAGCCGCAGUGAAGUCCAUUUUUGA